CAGUUCUAUCAAGCAGCAACCCAAAAUUAAAAUGCAGCAUAGAACUUUAGCUCCUAGUCCUUCCGUGGAACCUACAAUGAAACCACAAUCAUCUACACCGUUAUUACCAAUCUACCAACAAUUUCACAUCCAACACAACCCCAUUGCAGAUUUGCAGCCCUUCACCCACACCAUAACCUUUACCUGUAACACCGCCGUCACAACUUCUAAUACCAUAAACCUAAAAAGAUCUCAAUUACCUAACUUUCGCCCUGAUUUUUGGUCAUUAAAUUUUUGGGUGAAUUAGAUUAUCCAUUUUUGAUGCAUGAAGUGAAAUCUGAUCAUGUGAAGUCUCUUGAUUGUAAGAAAUUAAGAAAGAAACAAUGAUCGAUCAGAAAGCAGGCAUUAACGGCAAGUUGAUUGAUGUUGUUAUUAUUAAACUCUGGCUUCCAAAGCUUAUCUCAAGUUCUUGAAUGGCACUGGUACAAAGGUGCUGCUAGAUUAUGUCACAGAUAUGCCACAGACUCGUCUACUGCGACGGUCCGAUAUGAUUGAUGUAAUGGUGGGGAUGGUGCUUACUUUAUUUCUUCCGCUCUUGUUCACAUGGAUCAUUUUGCAGCUUUUUCCUGUUAUGUUGACAUCUCUUGUUUAUGAGAAGCAACAAAAAUUAAGGGUCAUGAUGAAAAUGCAUGGACUUGGAGAUGGUCCGUACUGGAUGAUAACAUAUUCAUAUUUUCUUUUUCUCUCUUCUGUCUACAUACUAGGUUUUAUGGUAUCAGGUUAUCUCAUAGGGUUGCCGAUCUUCAAGUGUACUGCAUUCAGCAUACUGUUUACGUUCUAUUUCACCUAUAUAUACCUGCAGAUUUCAUUUGCUUUUCUUAUGGCAACAUUAUCUUUACAUGUUAAGACAGCUACAGUAAUAGCACACAUGUUUGUAUUUGGAUCGGGGCUCUUAGGAAUGUAUGUUUUCCAGAGUGUGUUGCAAUCUCCAUCCUUUUCAAGAGAUUGGAUUAUCAUACUAGAGAUGUUUCCUCCCUUUGCUCUAUAUCGUGGAAAUUAUGAGUUUCAAGAAUAUACCCAAAGAGAACGUUAUCUGGGUUAUGCAGUUAAAAUGAGUUGGAAUGAUAUUAAUGAUGGAGAGAAUGGGAUGAGACGAGUCUUUAUUCUCAUGGCCAUAGAAUGGUUCGUAAUGCUUAUUGUUGCAUAUUAUUUGGAUCAAGUUAUAUCCCUAGGUAAUGGUGUCAGAAAGCACCCCCUUUUUUUCCUGAAAAAUAUGUCGAAGAAGCUAUCGGCUUCUAAUCAGCAGCUAGCUAUCCAGACACAACAGUUGAACUUUCGCGAUGAAAGUGAAAAACCUGAUGUUUCCCAAGAGAGGGAAAAGGUUAAAGAGUUAAUCCUGUUAAAUGAUACAACUGAUUCCAUCGUCUGUGAUAACCUUAAAAAAGUUUAUCCAAGUAUAGAUGGAAAUCCUGAAAAAGUAGCAGUUAGAGGGUUAUCUCUUGCUUUGGGUCGAGGGGAAUGUUUUGGUAUGCUCGGUCCAAAUGGUGCUGGGAAAACCUCCUUUAUCAGUAUGAUGAUUGGGCUCACAGAACCAACCUCUGGCAUGGCAUUAGUCAAUGGAUUGGACAUACAAACUGAUAUGGACCAAAUAUAUGCCAGCAUGGGUGUAUGCCCCCAGCAUGACCUGCUGUGGGAAACCCUAACAGGUAGAGAACAUCUUUUAUUCUAUGGCAGAUUGAAGAACCUCAAAGGGUCUGACUUAACAGAAGCAGUUGAAGAAUCUCUAAAAAGUGUCAACUUAUACCAUGGAGGUGUUGCCGAUAAACAAGCUAGAACUUAUAGUGGUGGGAUGAAGAGGCGUCUUAGCGUUGCCAUUUCGCUAAUUGGUGAUCCUAAGGUUGUUUAUAUGGAUGAACCCAGUACUGGACUGGACCCAUCUUCAAGAAACCAUUUGUGGAAUAUUGUGAAACGAGCAAAGAAGGAUCGAGCUAUUAUUCUUACCACUCAUUCAAUGGAAGAGGCAGAAGCACUGUGUGACCGGUUAGGAAUCUUUGCAGACGGAAGCUUGCAGUGCAUAGGAAACCCAAAAGAGUUAAAAGCAAGAUAUGGAGGAUCAUAUGUGUUUACAAUGACAACAUCUGUGGAUCAAGAAGAGGAAGUGGAGAAAUUAAUAUGCGGGCUCUCUUCGAAUGCAAGCAAAAUCUACCAUUUAUCUGGAACCCAGAAGUUUGAAAUUUCCAAGAAAGAUGUAAGAAUUGGAGAUGUUUUCCGAGCAGUUGAAAAUGCAAAGCGGGAGUUCCCGAUCUAUGCGUGGGGUUUAACUGAUACCACCUUAGAGGAUGUUUUCAUUAAGGUAGCUCAGGCCGCCCUUGCAUCAUCAUCUACCAUGUAGUAGUCGUGUAGGCGUUCUCUAGUUCGAAAUAAUAUCAGUGAGAUUAACCUCAUUCAAGUCUGAGUUUAGAAGUACAUUCUAGUUGUUGCAUGUAUGUCAGGUUUAUGAUGUGUAGGAUAAAACACAAAGGGAAAAUAGUACAAUGUUAUAAGUUCAGAAGUAUAUCUCCCAAAUACACAAUUUCUUAUUUCAUAUUGACGAAAACCCUAGUUUGAUACACAAUGGUCGUAUCAGUAUGAUUUGUUGACGUAUGCUGA